GACAUAGCCAUAAUCAACAGGACAAGAGUUCGCCAUACAUCAUGCUGUUCGAAAUCGAUGGGCUGCCAGUCUACUUCCCGUAUGACAGGAUUUAUCCAGAGCAAUAUGCCUACAUGUGCUCUCUCAAACAGACCCUCGAUGCUCAGGGUCAUGGAGUGUUGGAGAUGCCCUCAGGAACAGGAAAGACGGUAUCACUCCUGUCCCUAAUCGUUUCAUAUCAACAGUUUUACCCAGAAAAACGCAAGUUAAUCUACUGCUCGCGUACAGUACCCGAGAUCGAGAAGGCCCUGGCCGAGUUGAAGCGAUUGAUCGAAUAUAGAAAGAGUUGCGGAUUAAAUGAGACAAUUCUGGGAUUGGGACUGACGAGUCGUCGAAAUCUGUGUCUUCACCCCUCGGUCAGCAAAGAGAAGAAGGGCAAGGUUGUAGAUGCCCGUUGCCGCAAUUUGACAGCACCGUGGGUGCGAGAGGCAGCACAAGCAGGACAGGAUGUCGAGACGUGCUCGUUUUAUGAGACUCUGGAGAAUGCUGAUCUUCGGGAGGAAGUUGCGGACGCCAUCUACACUUUAGACGACAUCAAGGAGAUGGGAAAAUCCAAGGGCAUAUGUCCAUAUUACAUGGCGCGGCGCAUGCUAGCGUAUUCGAACGUUAUCAUCUAUUCAUACCACUACAUGUUGGACCCCAAGAUUGCGGAUUUGAUAUCAAAAGAGCUGUCAAAAGAUUCGAUUGUUGUAUUCGACGAGGCGCAUAAUAUCGAUAACGUCUGCAUCGAAUCAUUGAGUCUGGAUGUCAUGCGACCGACGCUGGAAGCAAGCUCAAAGAGCAUCACACAGCUGUCAGAGAAAAUCGAGCAGAUGAAGCAGCAAGGGUCAGAAAAGCUGAAGAACGAGUACGAAAAGCUGGUUCAGGGUUUACAAGAUACACUGCAGGCACGGGAUGAUGGCUUGGUCAUGGCCAACCCAGCACUACCAGACGAUCUAUUACAUGAGGCGGUCCCAGGAAACAUUCGAAAGGCGGAGCACUUCGUUGCAUUCUUAAAGCGCUUUAACGAGUACCUGAAGACACGAUUACGGGUUCUUAAUGUUACUGCAGAAACGCCGUCUUCGUUCCUACGACAUUUGAAGGAGAUUACUUAUAUUGACAAGAAGCCGCUCCAAUUUUGCGCAGAACGGCUAUCGAUUUUGAUCCGCACAUUGGAACUGAAUAACGUGGAUGAGCUGCAAUCGUUACAGAAGGUCGCUGCACUAGCAACAUUGGUAGCAACGUACGACAAAGGCUUCAUGUUGGUUUUGGAGCCAUACGAGACCGAGAAUGCGACGGUACCCAAUCCUAUCCUGCGGUUCGCCUGCCUCGACGCCUCAAUCGCUAUCCGACCUAUAUUCGAGCGAUUCUCGUCUGUGAUCAUCACCUCAGGAACGCUUUCGCCUCUGGACAUGUAUCCCAAGAUUUUAGACUUUAAGGCGACUGUCUUGGAGAGUUAUCCGAUGACCUUGACACGGAACUGUUUUUUGCCGAUGGUCAUCACACGUGGAUCAGACCAGGUUGCUAUCUCGUCCAAGUUUGAGGUCCGGAAUGACCCAGCGGUGGUGCGAAACUUUGGCAACAUCUUGAUUGAGUUUGGCAAGAUUGUUCCGGAUGGCAUUGUGGCCUUCUUCCCAAGUUAUCUCUACAUGGAGAGCAUCAUCGCUAUGUGGCAUGAAAUGGGCAUUUUAACGGAGGCAUGGAAAACAAAGCUGAUCUUUGUUGAGACGCCUGAUGCAGCAGAGACAUCGAUUGCUCUAGACAAUUACCGUCGUGCGUGUGAGAAUGGUCGCGGGGCCAUCCUACUUGCCGUCGCUCGUGGAAAGGUGUCGGAGGGAAUCGAUUUUGAUCAUCACUAUGGACGUGCUGUGGUGAUGUUUGGUAUUCCAUACCAGUAUACUGAAUCGAGGAUCCUGAAAGCACGCUUGGAGUUUUUGAGAGAUGAGCAUCGAGUACGCGAGAACGAUUUUUUGACGUUCGAUGCACUGCGCCAUGCUGCUCAGUGCCUCGGACGAGUUCUGCGAGGAAAGACGGAUUAUGGGCUGAUGGUGUUUGCAGAUCGGCGGUAUGCACGGCAGGAUAAGAGGUCGAAGUUACCGAAGUGGAUCAACCAAUACAUCACGGACACGAGUGUGAACCUAUCGACGGAUAUGGGAAUUGCGAUUGCGAAGAAGUUCCUGAGAUCGAUGGCACAGCCACUGGAGACACAGGCACAGCUGGGGGUCAGUCUGUGGACAUUGGAGGAUGUGCUUACGCGACAGAGGGCACAGAAGGAGAAGCAGGAGAGGGCUGCACAGCAGGGCGGAAUGCAUCAGCAGCAUUACCAGCAGUACGGAGCAGCAGAGGCACAUCUACUGCAUGAACGGACGACUGGAGCAGCGUACAUGGAUGUUAGUUAAAGCAAAGUCGGCUGAUCCCAGGAGCCAGGAACUAGGGACCAGGGUCAGGGCCUUAUCGCGGACACUGCGCCUGGUAUCCCUUCGUCUGGUAUUCCGAAUUUUACAUGUAUUUCGUGCGUAACUUUUCCCUAUAAUAUUGUAUUUAAAAAGUUUUUUUUUAUGCUGCCGCUUCCCAUGCCCUUGGUGCAAAUUGAAGGGUAGUUUGUGCCUUGAUUCAUGCCUUUACAUUCCAGAUCCGUAAUACUUCAAAGUGAGUAUUGGCAAGCAAAGUCGCCCUCCCUAAAAUGAUAUUCCGCUCCAAAUCAAUGUAACAAAGUUUUCUGACAGACAAAGGGAUAAGCUCCGCAAUAAAACUGUAAAAUAAGAUUUCGAUCCAAUCAGUCUAAACAAGUUUGUUCUGAAGAAAAUGACCCUGUUUCCUCUUUUCGCU